AAUGGCAGGAGGAACUCAAACCCCGGGGAAGAAUCUAGCGAGCGCACCGGAAGUGUUCCGAGUCACAUUGAAGUGGUGUAUUCGGUUCUCCUUUUAAAGUCACCAACAGCUGGAACCAAAUUCCUUGUGUGUGUCAACACACUUGGCCAAUAAACCUGAUUUUGAUUCUGAUUCUGAUAUGAUACAGAUGAGAGUGCACCAGUAAUAGGACCUAGUCAUGAUUGUCACAAGGUUGAUCCCACGGCUGAAUGUGUUCUUCAGGGUCUCUGGUUCACAUCAGUACCAGUGCAAGUCUGUAAACAAUGCAAUACAACACUGUCGUUCUACUGGCUUUAUUACAAAUCAUACACAAAGGUACGCCACAUCAGCCACUGACAACAGGGAGCCCCCGAAACAAUGGACAGUGCUCGAGCCAGAGUUAGAGGACUUCCUCAUUCCACGGAAACUCUCUGUUACGCCCUUAGAGAGCUGGCUUUCUCUGCGUUAUUCGCUGCCUCCACUUCUUGAGGCUCCUGUCCCUUUGGAUGGAGGUGAUCUGAUAGAGGAGGCUGUGGUGUUGCCUCCUUCGGCUGUGCCUGUAUUGGAGGAUGGCGAGACCGCCACACCGCUGAGCUGUAAAAACGUGUUGGAGAUCCGGCGACGGAAGAUGAACAGGCAUAAAUACAAGAAGCUGCUGAAACGUACCAAGUUCCUGAGGAGGCGGAUCAAGGAGCGCAGACAGAAAAGGAAGCAGUCUAGAUUUGAGAAGGAUCUAAUGAGAAUCUGGAGGCGAGCGGGACUGAAAAAAGCCCCUGAAGGAUGGACCACACCUAAAAUCUACGUCACUCAUCAAGUAAAGCGCCGCUGAUUGUUUGCUUAAUGAAAAUUUACUGUGUAAAAUAAAAUAAACCUGUGACUUACUUGCCUUCACAUAAAUAAUAUUGUAACUGUAAUAAACACCUUUUACCACAUUAAGAA